AUGUUGUCAAUGAGUGGGUUCGAGCGCAUCUUAGCGCGUGUUGGCGGCGAUGCCUUACGUUCUUAUUGCUCAUCUGCUAUCGAAGAUGAGCUGCAUAAUUUAAUAACGUGUAUGCAAACGUGUCUUGAAAAGGCCGAGCAAGCUAUUAAGGUACAGGAAGCUGUGGCUAAACUAAACGUGCCACUCAGUCGCGAAAACGCUGCUACCUGCGCUGAGGUUAAGCGUAAGUACGCUUCAUUCAGUUCAGAGCUCCAGAACUUUGUGAAUGAGCAGCGCAAGCUACAGUCAGAGGCACUUGAGCUCAAUCCCGACGCCCAGCAAGAGCAGAGUGAGCAGCAGAUACGAGAACGCGUGACCAAGUUAUUAGGCAAGAUCCAGCAUCGCAUCACGCGCAAGCGAAGCGACGCGUGGAUCGACAAGAACUUUGCUGAUGUAACUACGAUCGCUGAUAUUAUUCGAGAUGACAAGUUUGCAGGCCCGGACAAGACGCUACGCAAUGAGUUGGUGCUCGUGCUGGAUCAUUUGAUCUCUGCCGUGCUGUUGAGUCCGUUGACGACUCAAUUGACGCUGCAAAACAUGGACGAGGUGCUAAACAAGCUUUCGGGUAUGCACAGUGAUAUUGACGAGUAUAUCAAGUCUUCCAGUGACUUGUUCAACAAGAAUAGAUCAACAUAUGCGUUGCAGUAUGAAGAGAGUACGAGCACGGAGUCGAACAAUAUUGUUGACGCGGCGGACGAGCCGCGAGCUAAAAAACAGAAAGCGGAGGCCGUCCCUCAGUCCAACUAUUUGAUCAAGGCGGAGUGUGCUGCAGCAGCGGAAGCUGCGGGUUGCGACGCGAUUUACGAGGUCUUUGUGUCAGACCUGCCGUGGGGAACCACAAAGGAGGCUGAUGUGGCGUCGUAUUUUGGUAUCGCUGGCGCAGUCGUGUCGGUGCAAAUGCCUAUAAUGGCUGAUGGAAGCACUGUGGGUGUAGCAAUUGUGCGUUUUGCAGCGCUCGAAGGGAUGACGCUUGCGCUGCGGAUGGAUGGGUAUCCCUUCAACGGCAAAAACAUUCGCGUGGCUGUACACAAGUCCAAAUAA